AUGUCGCCAUUUGAAGCUCUAUACGGUAAGGGUUGCAGGUCUCUUAUUUGGUGGAGUGAGGUUGGUGAAAGAAAGUUGGUGGGAACUGAGCUAGUGGAGAUGAAAAAUGAAACCAUGCAGAAGAUUAGGGCUCGAAUGCUAGUCACGUGGAGUAAACAAAAAAGUUACAUCGAUGUUAGGCAUAAAGACCUUGAGUUCGAGGCAGGUGAUAAAGUGUUCCUAAAAGUAGCACCUAUGACAGGUGUUCUGAGCGCGUCCCUCUCUGCAGUACACAAUGUUUUUCAUGUCUCCAUGUCGAGGAGGUAUGUGACAAAUCCGUCUCACAUGGUGGACUUUGAGCCUUUACAUUUGAACGAGAACUUGAGUUAUGAAGAGAAGCCUAUACAGAUUAUUGCAAGAGAAGUGAAAGUUUUGUGCAACAGGGAGGUGUCAUUGGUGAAGGUUCUAUGGCGAAAUCAUCGGUUUAAUGAGGCAAUCUGGGAGCGAGAGGAUGAUAUGAGAGCUCAGUACCUAGAGCUCCUAGAGCUCUUUCAAGACUAA